UUCAAAGCUUCACUUCCGUUUCAGCCCACCAUGGAGAAUGCGUGAAUGUUAGGGAUAAGGCUAGCUUUUUUUGUUUCAUACAGGCUAGCGUAAAUCCACUGUAACCCUACUACAUCACCUAAACAAGUACGCGUAAUUUUCAAGCUAAUACUCAAAAUGAAUAUUAUUCCGCCAACGAAACGGGCCGCGUUCAACGUUACGGCCGGAGUCAUGAGCUUUAUUCUUCCUCAAAAUGGAGUCGUGGAGGGAUCGAUGCACUACGGCUCAGGAGAUUCCUCACCGCACAUUGCCAUGGGCUCUUCUUUAGACUCUCACAACGGAAAUGUUGGGUCCAACGAUAACCCAAAACGGCCCAAGAAUCUGGGAGUGAAGUCAACAAAUGGGUAUGUAACAAAAAGCCUUCGAGAGAACAACGAUGAGAUUGAGGACGGCUCGUUGCCGUGCACCCCGGAGUUGCAGUCAGACAGUGAAAUCGGCGUCAGCAGUUGCCCAGCAGGGGACGAAGUCUUGGAAAAUGACACGAGGCAACUCAUUAGCCGUUUCCUGAGAGACUUUACUGGACUUUCUAAACCUCAGUGGAAUGACAGCAAAGCACUAUCAACAAUGAAACGAGUUGUGGAGGACGUUUUGAAAAAACACAGAUACGCAUACAAUGGUAUGAUCAACAAACUGUCAUUGGAUGACAGAGGGGAUGAUGCGAGUUUUGUCAGCUCAGUAGCCAAGAACCUCUUUGCGGACGGAACCACCAACUGGGGUCGUAUCGCCAGCCUGGCUGCCUUCGGGGCAGUGGUGUCUCAGUACCUGAAGGAGAAAGGCAGGGAGAACUGUGUGGAGCUGGUGGGAAAUGAGAUCUCCACAUACCUGCUGUCUGACCAGAGGGACUGGCUGAUCAAAAACAACUCCUGGGACGGCUUUGUCGAGUUCUUUCGAGUAGCAGACCCGGAGUCCACGGUGAGGAACACACUCAUGGCCGUUGCUGGAUUUGCUGGUAUCGGGGCAACACUGGCCCUGUUGAUCAGUUGCUGUGAGGUAAUGUGAGAUCCAGUGAGCUUCGACACUCUCCAGUGGAAAGAAACCUUUAUCUGGAAGGAAGUUCAUCAGCCUAAAAAAACUCUGCAAAUACUGACUGUCACAAUCCUGUUCUACAGCACCAUCGUCUACUGCAUCUUCCAUCUUCAAUCUGAUUGAACACUGGGAUUCUGUGUAUUACCCAUUGACUGUAUAUAAAGAUGGAUGACAUGACAGCUCCCCAAAAGUGAAGCCAAGACAUCUCAAUUGCCCCCUGGUGUCUUGCUGCAGUAUAGGUCAUAAACCCCACCCCCUCCAUGUUAGUUUAUGGGACAUAGGCCAAACAAAAAAUCUAAGUACACGUCAAAUACGUUUUUCCCAAAGACGGUUUCUGUCAUUUUAGGUAGUUCUUAUCACGCUGAUGUGUGUUCAUUUUUCUGAUAAGUUUGGUUUUAAUUAGUUAUUUGAUGCUAUAAAAAGGGGGUUUCACGCUAUGAUUGACAGCUGAGUUCUGCUCGCGAUUGAGUCGGCCAGGUGUAUAGACGGGAUCUCGAUACCGCGGCUCCAACUCCGACCACCAGAGGUGGUUUGUUAAUCUCCAGGUCCCACUGUUGUUUUACUAGCACAACGUUUGUGUGCACACAGUUCAGCAAGCACUUCAUAUUCAUAAACACAUGAAUUUGCUCUUUUUUAUUCACACAGAGACUCAUUCAAGCAAAACAAAUCCGUUAAUUUUUUUAUGUCCGUUGGUGUGUUGUGUAUGGAUGAUGAUUAAGGCCAUGUAAAAAAAAAGCUUUUAAUUUAAUUGAUAAUCUCAAAAUAGUCUGAAUGCUGAGAUUAAUUUAAAGUGGCAAUUUUGAGAUUUUGAUACCUGAAUCCUUGACUUAAGUUAUUUGCUUUUCUUCUGACUUUAUUCAGAGAAAUUAGACUUUUUUUCCUCAAAAUUCAGAAUUAUUACUUUUAAAUUCAUCCUGGUUUUUAUGUAAGUUAUUAUUUUAUUGUCUGAAAUCAGAGUUCUUAAUUUAGUCUCAAUUUAUUCCUCAGUUUUUUUUUAAUCUGAAUUCUGAAAGUAAUUUGAUAACAAAUAUAUAUUCUUUUUUUUCAUUUGGCCAUAAUGAUCCUCCUUAUUUUGUUCCUUUGUGUUGUAGAAUUUUAUUGCACUUGUUUAACCGCUGAAAGCAAAUCUCAGAUUAUUCUCUAAAUUAGUGUGUCACACUGAGCAGUGAUGGUCAAACCUUAUGUAAGUUUUCAAAAAGACCAUUUAAAUAAAAUAUAUACUGACAAUGUCGAUUUAGGUGGAAAAACAUGAUGAUUAUUUCGAUUACAAAGACCAAAAUAAGCUUUUAGACUGUAUCACUACAUGGAUAUGUUUUGCACCUUGCACUUUACAAAGCUUUUUAUGGUUGUAUUAUUAUCCUGUGAAAAUUUAAGGGUUUCAUUCCAGAAUGUUUUUUUGAGAGAGAAACCUACCUGAUGUUCACUGUUAGAUAAGUCAGGUAAGUAUUUACUCUAAAAUGUGUAUUUUUGAAUGAAUAGAAAAAUCAUAUAAAGUUAAAUAAUACUUCAAUUAUUUGAAAAAGAUUUCAUUUCAUACUAUUAAUUAACUGUUAAAGGGUUGACCUUAGUGUGUACAUGAAAAUGAUUUUUCCUCAGAUUAUUUCUUUUUGAUUGGGUUUCGAAGCCUAAAGAGGUGAAAAUGUUCAAUGUUUCACAAGACAAAAAGCUGAAAAAUUAGAGAAAAGUCUGAAAAAAUUAAUUUCUUAAUCCUUUUUAUAAAUUCUUUUAAUCAGCUUUUGACCCCUCAAAAACUGGUACGCUUUUAUCUUUGGUACGCUUUUUCUUUGGUACGCUUUGAUGUACUACUGAUUUUAUCUUUGGUACGCUUUGAUGUACUACUGAUUUAAAGGCUCAAACAGUAAAUUUUGUGGCCAUGAUGAUUUGUUGUACAUUCUUUUUACAUACAGUAUACUACAUGCAGAAUUUGAGUUACAGACGGAAAAUGUGAAUUUUGUGUUUUUCUACAGAGGAAACAUUACUAACUUAGAUUUAAGUAUGAGUAUAGCAUGAUGCAAUCCUGUGUUUAAAUUUAAAACUUAAUUAAACUAAAACAGCUUCCAUCAUUUGGUUCACAUAUUGUGCCUUUAUUUUCACAUCCGUGUAGGUGGAUGUCUCAUUUUGGAAUGAAACUCUUCAGAUCUUUGUUCUCAUGGAUGUAUCUAAUGCAAAUAAGGUUUUAUCCCGACUUUAACACCAUCCACCAUGUUGUUCACUUGUUACAAACGUUCACCUCUUUUAAAUCCCUCUCUACAUCCUCAAGCUAUGAUUCUGGAAUCAGAGAUGUUGCCCAAAAGCUUUUUCUAUUGCCUCAAACGCCUUCAAUAGAACCAAAAGUCUGUGGGCGGGCGUGUUUUUUUUCAUUUGUUGGAUGUCUCUGGGGAGUCUGCUGGAUUAUGGAGGGGAUUUCUGUUGGAUUUCAGUGAAAUAAAGAAGACUGUUUUUUUAACCACUGAA